CACCAAACGUACGAUGCACCUUACGAUCACGGCACAAUCCAUCAUCACUGAUUGAGGGGCCUCCGACCUUGUUAAAAUGACAGCAAGGUCACCACCCUAAGUCACUUUUUCUCUGGCAAUAGUAUCAAGUUGACUUGCCCAUUGUGCUUCCAAUGUCAUGGCAUACUUGAACAGACUUAAAGGAAGUGAUUGCGUGAAACUCUGGAGAAGCAUACAAUAUGUACGGAUUAGGCAAUGGAAACAGUCAUUAUUCUAGUUACGUGUUACAACACUGCACUUGCUCGCAAACUUUACGUGGAAGUUUGUGUGAACACUCAGAGAUAACUCUAAUGGACUGUAUAAUUGAAGCGUACUCAAGGAAGUAAUGGAAACUCUAAAUGAAUUAUCAAUUAGCAUUGAAGAUAACUCCACCGGUAUGCCGUUACGAGUCGAGUUACCGCCCCAAAAAAUGGACACGGAUGCCAGUAAAAUUUUAGCAUUUGAUCAAGCUGAAUUGGAUAAAAAGGAGAAAGGAGAAAAGGGAGAUAACAAGGCUGACACACGUUUGAACAUUGAGGAGUUUGAGUGUGGGGUCAAGUUUGGUGGCAGCGACAACAACAAACAGGAAUGGUCAUUUACUCUCUACGACUUUGAUGGGCAUGGCAAGAUUACGAAAGAGGAUCUUGCCAGCUUGCUGAAGGCCCUGUAUGAUGCUGUAGGGUCAUCUAUCAAAAUACCUUCAAACGGAACCAAAACGCUCAAGUUACGUCUGACGGUGGGACACGAUGGCUCCCAGUUGCCAGGCAACCGGACCUCACCUUUAAAAGUGAAAGACUGUGGGAAAGACAAAGUGAAGGAAGUUUCAAAAUCAAAAGACUCUCCUAAAUCAAAAGAAUUCUCCAAGUUGAAUAAUCUGACAAGAACUCAUGUUCAAAUGCCGAUUAAGUGCAACAAUGAAAAUAAAGGGCAGUCUUCGACAGUUGUGAAUUCAUCGACAGUUGUGAAUUCAUCGUCUUGUCAAGGUCAAGGAGUUAAUCAGACAUCUUGCCAAGGUCAGGUGGUCAACAAUUCUUCAUGCCAAGGUCAAGGGGGUAAUCAGAGAUCUUGUCAAGGUCAAGGUGUCAGCCAGACAUCCUGUCAAGGUCAGGGAGUCAACCAAGGAACUUGUUCGGGACAGACGUGUACUAAAAGGAUACAGCUGACCUGCGAGGAGCAGCAGGAACUUGCGGAACUGGUUCAGGAAAACAUGGAGCGUAAUCACAUUAAACAACUUCGACGCCAUCACAGUGACUGUAAAGGCACAACUAAGGAGCAUUCGAACCACAAACGGCGUCACCGGGGGCACAAAAACAACAGCACCGCACCCGUGGACGUCAAUAUCAAUAAUCAAGGUGACCAGGCUAAGGAAUGCCAGGAUCGGCGCAAUUAUUACCUUGAUCUCGCUGGUAUAGAACAUAACGCAAUCACCAAGUGUCAAUCAUUCACAAACAAUGCAAUCGGUCAUGCUCAAACUUCUCAGCCCCCUGUGAGUCAGCACCACCGAUCACGUUCCCAAGACACAAAUCAAAAGUGUGACAAUAUUCGACGUGAAACUGAAUGUCUGAAUGUGAAACACGAACAACAACCAGCAGUAGUAGACAGUAGUGCAAAGCACGACCACAUAAGGUCAAGGUCAUUUGACCCACAGGAAACAGCAGUAAGGUCACCAAAAGGUCACCACAAAUCUGCAGGGUCCUCUCCACACAAACAUGGCCGAUUUCGACCUGUUAGUUUACCCAUGCAUAUUCCUGAAGCAGUGUCGGCGCACUACCACAGAAGACACCGUCACCGGGAGAAAGAUCAUGACUUGGCAAUGCAGCAGGUUGCGGAGUGGAUUGAGCGUGAGCAUACAUGCGACAUGGAUGGGGAUCGCAUCAUUGUGCAACGACACGAGCACCACCAUGUUCAUGAGCACCACCAUCACCACCACUAUCACCACUAUUACGAGGCGUGAGGCAGCCCUCCAUGGCAUUAUUUCAAAUACUCACUUGUGUUCACUGUACUCCAGGCACGAGAGAUCAGACCACAGACAACUGUAAUUUACUCCCCAGCUAAAUGAAGGUGCUCCCACAGUAGUCAAGCUGGUGGAACAUUGACUCCGACUUUUGGGAUGACACUUUUUCACCUCCUCUUUUUAAAUUGAACAUCCCCAGGCCCCUAAUUUGGGACUCCAGGUCGAUCCUUUAACAGUGAAGGAUUAGGGCUCAUAUUCAUAAGGUGCUGAUAAUUACAGGUCAUUAACGAUAGAAAUCCACUUGUUUUCGUAACUAUUUGUAACCCUUAUCUCACUCAUCAGAUAAGGAAAUGUGCUCUUAUAAUGGACUCCAGGGUUUGCAUCAACUCUAUAUAAGAAUAAACUCCUCUUAGAAAACAUUGAGCCAUGGGAAAACAACUUGAGGGAGGAGAAGAGAACUACCACAUAUUUAAAUCAGGGGCAGACAACUCCUGAUUUCUUUGUGUUUGAGAACAUAUUACCUGUUCUUUGAUGCAAGAGAAUUGUUUUUGUCAGGGGUAAGAUAACUCCUGUCUGUUUUAAUUGGAUAAAAAACAACCUUAUUGGGGUAUAAGUUGAUCAUUCCUGAAGCUUUUGAGCCAGGAAAAGAUAACUUCUGUUGAAAUCAGUGUAUGAUAUCAUUAUUACAGUGUUAUUUGUUGUAAAAGCAAGUUUCCAUGGCAAUGCUGACCACCAAAGAUAAAAACUGACUUGUUCUUUGGACAAGUCGUCUGUGAUAAAAGCACACAAGUUUCUUCAUACCUCUGUCUACAGGGUUCCAAUAUAUAGCCGCUGUACAGCUCUUUUGUUGCCUGGAUACUACCUCAGGUGUUGCUAUGGACACUGUUGCUAUUGGAAACCCUGAUGAUGUUACCAUGGACAAUGUUAUAAUUUGCUAUUGGAAACGGACUAUUUUAUUUCCUCAGUGAUAUGAGGGGUUGUAGCCAUUGUCAUUAUAAUCAAAAACCUGUGCAAGAGGUGAGAGGUCAUGUUGCAUUUUCAUCUGUUUUAUUUUCAUUCUGUCUGUGAUUUGCUUGGACAUGUUCCACUUCAAGAUUGUCAAUAUUCAUGAUAUACAUAUAUCUAUAUAUAUAUAUUUAUAAAAGUAGCAAAAGCUCUAGAGGUAUGAGUGUAGAAAAUUCAUUUAGAUAGACAACAUAUAUAUAUUGUCUCCUACAUCAAACUCUUCAAUCAAGUGUUCUUUCCAUCCUUUUUGUCUGUUUUUUCUGGAUGUACAUUUAAUGGCAAAUUGCAACGUAAGGGAAAAAUUCUUGCUCACUGAUGUCAUUGAUUUUCAUAAAGAAAAAUACAAAACUAGAAACAACACAUGUUCAAGGUCAAAGAUUUUGGGAAAAAGAAUUCCAAAAAAAUUGAACACCAAAACUGGAUCUUCUAUGGUAUUGCAGAAUUUAUAAGCAUUUCGUGAAAUUCUAAUUACUUUCAAUAAAAAGUCUCUUGUAAUAAUUUACAUUGAAUAUUUUUUGGUUACUUUGAUUGCUUGACAGUUAGAAACUGUCAUCUGUUGUUCCUUUUGACAUCUAUUUACAUGACCUUUCGUUAUGUAUAAAGCUGGUGAUCCGUGUCGUUUUGAGUUUGGAGCGUGAGCGGAACUCUUUGUUGUACCUUUCUCUAUUACUGUCGUACAUAGUAACUGAUUUGUUUAAGAUUCAGAAGCUUGCUCUUGUUGCUAUAGUUACCUGUAUCAGUGUAGCUCAAACGUUUUACUACCUCAAUGUAUGAGUGUGUGUGGUCUUGGAUGCUAUAGUUGUGUGUACAAGUUGUAUGAAUGCACACACCUGUGUGGAAGUGUAUGUGUGCAGCUUUGUUUAUUUGUACCUGUGCAGUGUACUGUACAUAUGGGUACUUGUGGUUUGUACACACCUGUGAAUGAGUCAGAUGCGCACAUACUUAAAGAGGUGUACCUCUGCACAUAUGUUAGGGUGUACCUGUAUAUAUCUGUAGAUAUGUACCUGUUAUAACCUGUAUGUAAACCUGUACAUACCGGUAAAUAUAUACCUGUAUACACACAUAAAUUUGCAUGUUUGCAUGCAUGCACACAUGAAUGUACACCUUUACACACCUGUAGAUGUGGAUAUUUGUGUGUGUAUCUCUGUGCACACCUGCAAGUGUACACACCUGUGAUUAUACACAUGUGUACACACCUGCAGGUAUGUACAGUACACAUGUGUAUACCUGUACACACAUGUAAGUGUACAUACAUUUGUAUGUGUACCUGUGCAUACUUUUAAGUGUGUUCACAUGUGGUUAUAUUCCUGUAUGUACCUGUACACAUCUGUUAGUGGACACACCUGUGUAUUUAUACCUGUACACAUCUGUUAGUGGACACAGCUGUGUAUGUAACUGUACACAUCUGUUAGUGGACACACCUGUGUAUGUAUACCUGUACACACCUGUACACCUGUAUAUGAGUUUACCUGUAUUUGAGUGAAAGAUUGUAUGUUCCUGAUCGUACCAGUUCAUGUGCUUUGUGUGAUUUGUCCAACAUCCAUUGGUAAUCUCUUUGUGACAUUAAAAUAAUGGCCAGUU